UCCGCGUCAAGCGUGUCUCCCACCCACCGCUCCUUCUGCAUACACAACCUGCACCUUCCUUUUUCUUGAAAUAUAAUUUAAAAACAAUAUUUUCAUAAAAUAACCUCAUUUCACUUAUAAAGAGUUGUGCAUGUAUAUAUAAACCCUCACUCAUCUCUUCCUUCUUCAUCUACUUCUUACAUAACUAAACCAAAAUAUAUAUUCUUCUCAAAGCUGGGGAGGAAAAAAGUUCACAACUAUCCAUUAUUCACUCUCUUCUCUAGAAAAUGAAAAUGCAGAUAAAUAAAUCGAAUACAGCUCGUAGAGCUUGGAACGUCUUAAGAAUAGCCCUUCUGUGGGCAAGAAAAGGAGGAGUUCUCAGAAGGAGACUCAUGCUCAACUUUCCCAAGUACAUUAAAACCGUCCGCCAUAAUCCCGGCGCUGACACGUUCCGAUACGGAGAGCGUCAGCUGUCGUUCGACGACACUCCGGUUAUUCACGUCCGGAUGCAUCGCCCUUCUUCCUUGCGCUUCAAGUUACCUCACAUUCCAUGCAUUAAUCCGGCACAAGUUGAUUUUGAUUUUGAGUUCAACGACGGGAAUGAUGAAGGAUUCUGCUACGACGAUAUCGCGAGAAAGAGUUUUCUGAAGAGUGCAAGAGAUGAGGAUGAAGAAGAGGAGUGGUUGGGUGAUGGUGAUGAGAGUGAGGAAGUUGAGGGUGGAAAUGAUAUUGACAUGAAAGCUGAUGAGUUUAUAGCCAAGUUCUAUGAGCAAAUGAAGCUGCAGAGACAGAUAUCAUAUCUUGAGUACCAUGAGACAAGCAUAUCGGCUGAAUAAAUUCUGAUUAAUUUCUCAUAUUCUGUACACAUCGUAUACAGGUUUGUAGGAGAGGGAUUAUAUACAUUGUUAUGCAGAUUUGUAGGAGACUCAUUUUCCUCAGUUUUGUAUAUACCAGAGGCUUCCAUGAUUCUAUCUACUGCGAUUGUUAUCAAUUUUUCCCUGAAUAA